AUGGCUACGCCAUCUGCCAGCACCGAUCCUCAGCUGAUCUGCCUGUGGCCUAGCGACGAGCCGGACGCGCCCAAAUUUGUGCACCAAGGCACCAUGGAAGCGACCACCGAGCUCAACAUCAAGCUCUAUCACUUCGACCGCAACUUCUGGCACGCUGGCCCUGGCUAUGAGGCGCGCAACAUGAUCGUUGGUGCUCGUGCAGCACCUAACCCUGCCCAUCCGACGUCCCCCACCACCGACAAAGCUUACGGGCUCAAGACAUUCCACAAGCUGACGGGCAAGCGACCCGAGGCGCUUGCCAAGCUGGUGUGCAAGACCGGCCCUCUCGCCCACCUCGGCGUCUACAAUGCGCAACGAGUCUUCAAUGUACGUCACAAGACCGAUCCGGAAGCGCCCGACUAUCUCGUUCUCUGGUACGCGGUACGCGAGAGCGCCAUGCACUCGGUGCUUGAGGAGGUCGAAGGGCUCGAUGGCUUUCUUGGCAGCCGUGUGCAGCUUGAGUGGCUUCAGUCGGCCUAUUUCGAGAAGAGACGCGAGGGUGAGCAUCUGAUUCUGUUUCACAAGAUGGAGGAUUUGCCGCCGAGCAUCAGCGACACGUCGGAGCAAAUGGAGGAGGAGAUGGAGCAGGAGAUGGCGCCUUUCGACCCGCCCGCAUUCCCGCACAUCCAGGCGUUCAGAAUGGACAUACUUGUUCAUGCGCGCGUUACCCCAACCAAAGAAUCCACCGCCAAGGACAAGACGUACUUGCUCAAGACAUUUCACAAGCUGCCCCAUGCACGGGCUGGCGCAUUCGUGGGUCGACUCGGCUCCAAGGGCCCGCUCGCCAAGCUAGGCGCCACCGAUGCCGUUCUCAUGGGCAAAUUGCCUCCAGAGGGAGAGGUGAGCAAGGAGGAUGAGAACGAGGUCAACCACAUCAUGAUCAAGUUCAACGUUGUCGAGUCGGACAUGCACCGCGUGCUCAACGAGGUGGAGAAGCUCGAGGGUUUCUUGGGCUCCAGGCUGCCGCCCGAGUGGAGCAAGUCGCCUUUCUACAAGGCACAGCCGGACAGUCCGCACCGCAUCCUCAUCGAUCUCAACGAGCUCGCGGGCGGACGGGUCUUGGUCACGAAUGCCGAGUAG